CUAUGUCUUUCGCCACCUGCCUUUGGGGCAGUCGAGGAGCGGUGGUGAACUCAGGAAGUGGGAGCUUCUAGAGCAGUGGCUUUGUUGAUGUGGUCCAGGACACAGCCACCGCACCUGGGUGCUCUUAAGAAACGUCGAUCCCCGGGUCUCAUCUCAUAACCGCUGAAUUAGAAACUUGGGGCUGGAGUCCAGGACUCCGUUAAGCGCUCCAGGUGACCCUGAUGUACGCUCGAGUUCUACAAUCUUAGAGGUUAAAAAAUGUGCACCUCGUUUGCUUCUAAUAUCUCUUAAGCUGCUGUUUCUGCCUGAGCCAAAUCAGAGACCUUAUAACACGGACCGCGGGCACUCGAGAAACGCACAUGUACGGAGACACCGGGGCCGGAACUGGAAGUCCAUCCUGGGACCUCUCACUCCAACCUCGAGGUCACAAUGAAGGCCGAGGCUCUGGAUGGGCUGCCAAAAGGACCACACAGGGCUGGAAUCAGAGAGUGCGAGAAAGGCAGGUGUCGGAGCCGAACAGGACCCAGCUGAGCCAGGACUUGGGUGGGGGCACCCUGGCUAUCGACACACUGCCGGAUAACAGGACCAGGGUGGUGGAGGACAACCACAGCUACUAUAUAUCCCGUGUCUACGGCCCCAGUGAGCCCCGCAGUCGGGAACUGUGGGUGAAUGUGGGUGAGGCCAACCAGAACCAAGUGAAGGUCCACAGGAUCCUUUCCAAUACCCACCGGCAGGCCUCAAGAGUGGUGUUGUCCUUCGAUUUCCCUUUCUAUGGGCAUCCUCUGCGGCAGAUCACUAUAGCAACUGGAGGCUUCAUCUUCAUGGGCGACGUGAUCCACCGGAUGCUCACAGCUACCCAGUACGUGGCCCCCCUGAUGGCCAACUUCAACCCGGGCUACUCCGACAAUUCCACAGUGUCUUACUUUGACAAUGGGACAGUCUUUGUUGUUCAGUGGGACCACGUCUACCUCCAAGGCCGAGAGGACCGGGGCAGCUUCACCUUCCAGGCCGCUCUGCACCGUGAUGGCCGCAUUGUCUUCGGCUACAAAGAGAUCCCCAUGUCCGUCCUGGAGAUCAGCUCCUCCCAGCACCCCGUCAAAGCAGGCCUGUCAGAUGCCUUCAUGAUUGUCAACCCAUCCCUGGACGUGCCAGAGUCUCGGCGAAGGACGAUCUUUGAAUACCACCGGGUGGAGCUGGACUCCAGCAAGAUCACCAGCACGUCGGCCGUGGAGUUCACCCCAUUGCCAACUUGCCUGCAGCAUCGGAGCUGUGACACCUGCAUGUCCUCGGACCUGACCUUCAACUGCAGCUGGUGCCAUGUCCUGCAGAGGUGCUCCAGUGGUUUCGACCGCUAUCGCCAGGAAUGGCUGGCCUAUGGCUGUGCCCAGGAGGCAGAGGGCAGUACGUGCGAGGACUUCCAGGAUGAGGACCACUACUCGGCCUCCCCUGACAGCUCCUUUGGCCCCUUGGACGGCGACCUCACCACCACUUCCUCCUCCCUCUUCAUUGACAGCCUUACCACUGAAGAUGACACCAAGUUGAACCCUUACGCAGGAGAUGGUCUCCAGGACAACCUGUCCCCAAAGACAAAGGGCCCCCCUGUGCACCUGGGCACCAUCGUGGGUAUCGUGCUGGCCGUCCUUCUGGUGGCAGCCAUCAUCCUGGCUGGUAUUUACAUUAAUGGCCACCCCAACUCUAAUGCUGCGCUGUUCUUCAUUGAGCGGAGACCUCACCACUGGCCAGCGAUGAAGUUCCGCAACCACCCCAACCACUCUACCUACACUGAGGUGGAGCCCUCGGGCCAUGAGAAGGAGGGCUUUGUGGAGGCCGAGCAGUGCUGAGGCCAGGCAAGAAAACCCAGGAUGGCCAUAAAAGAUGCACUGUGCAAAGAGAAGAAGUAACUUUUGCAGGCCUUCUCCAAGCACCUGGGCCCAGAAGAGGAGAUGGGUGGCUUGUGGUGCUGGGGCCGCAGUUUAGCCCACAGCCCAGCUAAAGAGGGGGCAGCACAGCAACCAUGGGGGGGUUUAAAGGAACAAUCACCUAAUCUCAUCCUGUUUAAUAAGAGGGGUCUCCCCUUGGUUCUCUCAAUGAUCUACUCUCUAGCUGUCCCAGACCUACCUCCCCACUGGAGGUGGCCUCAUGACCUUCCGGCCUCUUGAGGCUCCUGUGUAGAUCACAGGCUCACUAAAAAGCCUGGGGCAGGACUGCUGCGUUCCAGGGCCUAGACUCAAGAGCUGGUCCUCCUGGCUCUGGAGGCAGCGCACUUAGCCCCAGCUUCUGUGGCUCUGGAAGCCAAAGAAGGGGUUCUCUCCAUCUGUGAAGAUCUAAGCCCUUAGGACAUGUCGUCAUGGGAGAGAAGCCAAGUAAGAGGAAAGGAAGAAGGGGCUGGGGCUGGGGCUCAGCGGCAGAGUGCUCAUCUAGUGCGUGCGAGGCUCU